AUGGAUAAAAUCUUAUUCCCUUCACUGGAGGUGAUUGUUCUCGACUCCUUACCCAAAUUGACCGGUAUAUGUUCAGGUACUGCUAUUCUGGAAAUUCCAUCCUUGGAAAGGAUUAGCAUAGACAAUUGUCCAAAUAUGAAGGCAUUUGUCUCCUCAUUUCUAAAGGAACAAGAGCCACGUUUGGCUAGUGAAGGAGAAAAACAGAGACUGGAUAAGGGAGACCAUGAUAUUUCCACUCCACCACUUUUCAAUCAAAAGGUUUCCCAGGUUGCAUUUUCAAACUUGAAAAAUUUGAGGAUGGGAUGGAUUGAUAUCAUGGAGGUUAUACAGCAUGACCAAUUUCGAACAGAGUACUUCUGCAAACUGGAAGUUCUUGAGCUGGUGCAGUUUCCUAGUGACUAUGUUGAUUUUCCAUUCCAUUUUCUUCGAAGAUUCACCAAUUUAAAAAAUCUCGUUUUGAGUGAUGCGGCUUUCAAAGAAAUAGUCCUGCAUGAAGAGACGGAUGGUGAGGAAAAGCAUAUGGGGAUUGUUGUGCAGUUAAAACAAUUAGAGCUGUCUAAACUGCCGAAACUCGUAUAUCUAUCUAAGGAAGGUCCAGAGUCUCUUCAGAUUUUUCAAAAGCUGGAAACUCUAAAAGUGCUGGAAUGUGGUGUAGUGAAAAUUUUAAUGCCAUCCGCAUUAUCUUUCCAAUGUUUACAGAUUCUUGAAGUGUCAAAUUGUCAUAGAUUGAUAAAUUUGAUGACUUCCUCAACAGCUAAACAACUUGUGGAGCUCAAGAGGAUGAGUAUAACUAAAUGUGAAAUGAUUGUAGAAAUAGUGGCCAGUGAGGAGAAUGAAGUUGAAAAUGAGGUUGUUUUUCACAAAAUGGAACAUAUGAAGCUCCAUUCUUUGCCAAGCCUCACAAGCUUCUACUCGAGGAACUGUGCAUUCAUGUUUCCAUCUUUGGCCGAGGUGCUUGUGGUAGAAUGCCCCAAUAUGAAAUAUUUUGCUCCAGGAGUCAUAAGCACACCAGAGCUGGAUAGAGCUGAUGGAUCGGCACAAUCAAAACUACCAAGCUCAUCAAAGCAGCCCACCUGCGAGACCACUGAUGCUAAUGACCUAAAAAUUGUCUCUGAGCGGCUAGCUUCUGAGGAUUUGCCUGUCACUAAGAAUCCAGAUUCUAGUAAACAUCUUCUUCUUAUGGUUGAAACUAUACUUGAAACUAAAGAGCAUGCCAUUACAGGUGCCUCCAUAGAACCUGAGAUCGCUCAAUUGACCUCAGCUUCUCAAGAUAGUCAUGCAACUUCAAAUGAAAAGGAAGAUCCUGCUCAAGGUCAAAAUUCCUCAACUCCUGUGGAUAUUGAAUCUCACAUCUCUCUCCAAGUUCAAAAAGAUCCUCAAGCAGCUGAUAAGAAGAUGAUGAUGACUUACCUAGUAUUUCCUGCUGCCAUCUUUCCUGCUUCUUCAAUUCAGCAGAUCAAUUUGCCAGCUUUAAAAGGCCAAGAUUCUUGGGCAACUUCAAACAAUCAGGAGGAUGCUUCACAGGAAAAUUUCUCAACUCCAACGAGUGCUGAAACUUACAUCUCUCCUCAAGUUCAAAUGGAUCUUUCAGAAAUUGAUAAGGACCAGAUUUUGCAUGCUUCUUCAAUUGAGAGUUGCAGCAACUUAGUCCCUACAUCUCCAGCAAGUUCUGUUCAACAAGUCCCAGCCUUGCCUUCUCCCUCUCAUACAGACUUUGAGACUCUGAUCAUCAGCAUGGAACGAAUGCUACACCCUAGUUCAGCAUCUUCUUCCCAGCCUUCGUCAAGCUCAAAUAGUCGUUAUCAAUCUCAUGAGUCAGUUGGCGUGAGCUUUGAGACUUAUACCCAUUCUGUGGCUCGGAUGAAGAAAAUCUUGGUGAAAUCUCCGACAGAAGUUGCUAGCUCAGUUGAUCGCUUUUUGCUGCUAUCCGCUUUGAUGAAUUUAAGGAACUGUCAACUUCUGAAUUCUCAACAGCUGGAAAUCGUUCAAGUCUACAUUGAGAAUUUUGAUUCCUUAGUGACCAACAACCCAUCUUAUGAGCAGCAAAUUGACUCGACUAGUGCACUGAAGUUCGCCAUGGAAGAUAACAAAAACAGAAUUUCUGAGCUUAUGAACCGUUAUGAAGAUCUUACCAGCAAGUCCAGCUCUCUUAAUGUAAACAAGCAAGCGUUGAAAAGGAAACUUCAUGAAAUUGAAGUAGAAGAAGCUCGAAUUUGCGACGACAUGGAUGAUCUCCGCGCCCAGUUAGUGACAAGAAAAGAAAAGCUGGAGACACACAUGAAAGUUCUCCCAGAAGCUGAGAAGCAACAAAGGGAAGCGGUGGAAAGAGCUAGCAAUAUCAAUGACAACUGGGCUAAGAUCCGAAGCUUAUUUGCUUAA